AUGAGCCGCAUUCUGGCUCAUCGGUUUGCAUCAAAAUGUUUCACACCGCUGGAAUUAACCCAUCUGAAGGAUAAUUUUUACUCGUUGGCAUUGAAACAAGGCGACAUUCACUACUGGAACGAAGAAGUUCUAUCCAGAUUCCUGGGCAUACCGGAUGGUGACGAGAAAUUUGGCCUUGGUACUCUUGAUGCAGGUCCAGUCAUUUUUCGCAUGGUCUCUUACCUUGGAGCAUUCCCUUUUCAAAAUACUCUAGCACCAAGUGUUCUCACCUUUGACGCCAUGGUGAAAGUAAUUGUUCUGCUGACAGACCGCUACGGCAAGGUUUUGCGAAGAGGAAAGAAAGACCGUAUCAAGCUACUAUUUGGAAGUCUCGCAGAUAUCAGAAGAAAGGAAGAUUCUCCCAUCAAAUCUGGGGACAAGUCGGAUAACGAGCAGGGUCAAUCCAAAACCCGAUCUGAUGAAGCAGGGUUCUCAGUUGACAAACCUUCGAAUGAUGCCGACGACUACAAUGAUGACGAUGACCUAGUUCUUGCAGCACUUGAGUCUUUGGACGCUAUUGAAGUGUUUAAGCAUGACCAACGCAUUGACCGGACCGUCUACGAAGCUCAAAUUUCAUUUGACACAUUCCAACGGUUAUUGAUGCUGUUUGUUGUUAUAGGCCCGUUACAAUCCUGCGAAAAGACCUCAGAAUAUUUCUCUCAGCUCAAUGAGGAGUCCUUAAAAUCUGCUCGUUACUGUGUUGAAAACAUUCUCACUUCAUUCGACAUCGGAGACCGUACCAAAGGGAUAGAUUACGAGACCUUCUACUGGGUGAUCUCGACCUCCCUUCCGUACAUGUUUGAUUCUCUUACUCCACUUUUUGAGCAUCUACUUUUCAGCAAGAAUCUUGACUUGUCCAGGAGAAAGGACUCAGGAACUUGCUCAGUUAGUGAAGAGAAACAGAAAAAGGCAGAGUUGUCCUUUUCAUGUUCACACCCGCCAAUAAUCCUUCCAGGGUCUUUCAAACCCUGCAUUCUAGAUUCCGCAGUGAUCUCCCAUCUUUCCUUCUUCCUUUCGACCUCAUCUCCAACUCCCAACUUUCUGCAGAAUGGAACACGUCUACACGGAGUAUUUUCUUCUGAUACCCAUGGCGAAUCUCUGACAUCCUUUUCGCAUAACGUUCUUACUUGGGAUGCUCCAAGCAUUUUAUUGGUAACAGGUUCUAAUAGUCAUUCUUCUGGUGAGGAAGCUGAUAUAAUAACUGUUGGAGCAUAUAUUCCGCAACCCUGGAAAAUACCCGCAUCGACGUCAACGUCCCACUAUGACACAUCCCAUCAGUACCAACUACCCUGCCUAUUCCAGCUAGGUCCUAGGCAUGCAGUAAUGCAGGGUUCUCCAUCAAUCAAUUCUCUGAAAUCCAACCUACCUGUGGUAUCGUUUUCUACCAAGUCUGGUAUAGCUAUUGGCUGCAAAAUACCUCCACCAACACGCACAUCGAUGGACUCAAGCCGCCCUACGCCUGCUGGUAGUGGUAGUAUGUGGAUCGACCCCGCUCUGGAAAAUGCUGAAUUCGUCAUGUCGAAUGGCCUAAGUCAUGAGGAGGGCGUGUUUCUUCCCCCUGGAAUCGCACGUUGGUCUCCAUCACACCCCCCAUCGAAAGCAGAAAGUGAAACGAUUAAAAUAUCAAUCUAUAACAUCGAAGUUUGGGGGGUUGUUCAGACGGCGCCCACGCCUGCACAGUCACCAUAUCACAGUCGUACCUCCACAGCAAAUAGCGAUAUACCUGAUGCUGUUGCGCGCCAGCAGGCUAAUUGGAAUUUUGAAGCUCGCGAAGCUGAAAGACGCCGGGAAAUCCAUCUAAAUGUUGGUGGUGGUGAUUCCGAGGAACAGACUGGGAGAGCCUUGUUGGAAAUGGCUGGGAUCAUUGGAGAUUUAGCAAGACGCCGAUAA